UCGGUGAGGGGGCGGGGUCUCUCUCUGCCGGUGUCGCCAGGACCCUCCUGGCUGCGUCUCGCCCAGCGUCACCUUCGCUCUCCGCAGCCGCCGUCGCCAUCGCCAUGGGCUCCCGGGCCUCGUCCCUCCUGCGCGACGAGGAGAUCGAGGAGAUCAAGAAGGAGACGGGGUUUUCCCACAGCCAGAUCACGCGCCUUUACAGCCGCUUCACGAGCCUGGACAAGGGAGAGAACGGCACGCUGAGCCGCGAGGAUUUCCAGCGCAUUCCGGAGUUGGCCAUCAACCCGCUGGGAGACCGCAUCAUCAACGCGUUCUUCCCCGAGGGGGAGGACCAAGUGAAUUUCCGUGGGUUCAUGCGCACCCUUGCACAUUUCCGGCCGGUGGACACUGUCAAGGAGAAAGAUCCGAACGCCCCCGCAGCCCUCAACAGCCGCGCGAGCAAACUCAAGUUCGCCUUCCGGCUCUAUGACCUGGACAAGGAUGAGAAGAUUUCGCGAGACGAGCUCCUACAGGUGCUGCGCAUGAUGGUGGGCGUGAACAUCUCCGACGAGCAGCUGGGCAGCAUCGCCGACCGCACCAUCCAGGAGGCCGAUCAGGACGGAGACAACGCCAUCUCCUUCACAGAAUUCCAGAAGGUGCUGGAGAAAGUGGACGUGGAGCAGAAGAUGAGCAUCCGCUUCCUCAACUGAGCACCGCGGGGGAGGCGGACGGCUCCCUCCCUCCCGGGCGGUGGGCAAGCCGGCCCCCCCCCCACUCCCACAGUGCACCUUCUCCCGCACCGCCCUGUAGCCACCACUGGCGUAGCUGACAACCGCUAUGAAUUGAUUUGAGCAUUCUCUGCUGUUGUAAUCGGUGCAAAAUAAGGGAAACACCGACUGCGAGCCUGACAAAGAAACUGCCAUCUUAAUAUUCAUCCAAUCUCAGAGCCUCAGGCGCUCUUUAAGAUUAUCGGGGUUCUGUGAUCAUGCCUGUGCUCUCUUUCACAUCCCUCAUGAGCAUGCAAGGCAAAUCGGAGCAAGCUUCCGAGUUUGAGACAGGCUUCAGAGUUUGCUCUUUUUUGACUUUUGCAGGCUGGCAGCUACGCAUUGGUUAAGUGACGUAGCCAUCGGUAUCAUAGGUCGUGCUUGGUGGACCGGUGCUGGGCGUUGAGGAAGCUUUGCCUCAAUCCAUGCACAGUCUGUUGUGUUGCCAGACAGAUGUCUGCAGGCCUCUGCUGUACAAUCAUAUGACCUGACACCCACUGCAGGCCUCGCAAUUAAACUUGCAUUGGUCACGUCCGCGGAAAGUGCUGAUCGAUUCGGCAUAUUGCCCCGUGUGUGGGCAGAGCCACACAACCACAUGUCCCGAUGUGCAUUGCAGUGUUGAGUUGCUUAAUCCUUGGUGCGUUAUUUUAUAUGGCUGUGUUGCAGUGGUUAUUACUGUUCUUACCUUCAGUAUGUUAUUGUGCUGUGAGUGUACUUGUGUGCAAGCACCCUGCGUGCUUGUCUUUGUCGCGUGAAGCAGUGGGGUAGUGGUUAACUCCCAGCCCCAUGGUUACUCGCCAGGAGCGGCGCUGCCAGUAGGCCCGCUCGUGUGUGAGCGUCACAACUUGGGGAGCGAGGCCCUGCCGAUGUGGUGCCAGCCUCGCCGCCCCACCGCGUGCCGGCCUUGGCCUUGGGGCUCUGUGGAGAACGCUGACUGCCCUGUCUGUGCGUCUGCCCACUCGCCGAACCACUGGGAGUUUCGCCCUGAACGAAGGAAGCCAAUGCUUCCACAGUAAUCCGUGUAUUUUUUCAAACACAGAUAUCAUGUAAACAUGUGAUGGAUGCAUUUUUUAAAAUGCGCUGUUUAUUCAACCAUUUUUCCGCAAGCAUUUUGAGAGUGUUCUGUUAUUUGGGUACAUUGCUUUUGCAAGUAUUGUAUUAAAUGUUCUGUUUAUUUCAAUCGUGGAACGUUUUGAGAGACCAUCGCGAAUCCAUGUCUUCGCGAUAGUCCGGAUUGGAAGGGUGUGCAAUAACGAGCGUUGAAUUGCGUAAGGAAAUGCAGAGCGCCGUUGAGAAACGUGGAGUCACGGCUGCAUCGUCCCCAGUAGCCCUGCCACUCUCUACCCAGUGGCAGGGCAAAGAGGAAGCCGUGAGAGCUCCUCGCUACCAAGUCACGGUCGUUUUGUUUGCCACCGUGAAUUCCAUUGUGGUAAAAGUGAAGCAUGCUGUUUUUAAAUGGAUCCCAAAAAUGAACAGUGUUCUGUUGACAAGUGCCUUUGCGCAUUGGUGUGAGACCUAACCGCAUCUUAUUGGUCGUCUUCUGAUGCACAUUGACAUCCAUAAGAAUGCAAUUCCAAGAGAGUGUUUGAAUUGCUGAUCUCGUGUUCGGGACUAUGCGUCCACAGAUUGUUUUGAAUCGGUUUCCGUGUUUCAAUGUGCACACAUUUAUGAGACUGGUUUAGGGUGGUCACCGGUUCACUUUGUGACAUAUAGCAUUUUGUCAGACGUGCAGUGUGAUUUAAAUGUUUACGUGAUGUCUUGUAAAGGCAAAGUUUAUUUACGUCUAUUGUAAUGUCAGUGUUGGCCGUGCACUUGUUAUGCCCUCUCCGGGAUGAUCCUUAUCGUGAGCGGCGGCGCUCGGCUGCAGGUUGAGGAAGCAGUCCGCCUUGGGUUUUCAUUCUCGGGUGAUAAGGUGUACAGGUGAACCCACCGAGAGACUGGCAUGUGCUGGCAGUGGCUUCAUCGUCGGCGCUUUCUCUAGCAGAUGGGGCGCACGCAGCCCACACAGAACUGGUCAGCUGAGAGCCCAGUGAUCACUUAGUCCACCUGGACGUGUCACUCGAGACUGGAAAACCCGACACGGACUGUGUUGCCUCCUGAACCCGGAGCACCGAGCUACCGCUGCUCGUCAUGCUCACUGGCUGUGCGUCCCAUCGACUGCGAUGUAGCGCUGAUUGUCAGUGUCUGAUUGUGUUCGAUAUGUACCGUCGCGUGUAGCAACACUGUCUACCAAUGCCACUUGCGCACAUUUCUUGUUGAUAUUCGCGCUUCUCCUGUAAGGACACGCGUCUGCACGUGACGGAGCAGUGCCAACGUAGGUUCACCCUCGUCCGUGAUGAUGACGUGCUUUGCGCGAUCACCUGAACGAGCGCUAUCCCUGCGUUACAGCCGCAGGAGUAAUAACGUGAUAACUUGCAACGCUCUGUCAAUCUUCUUGCUUUCUGAAUGUGGGCAUUUCCGUGACGUGUCAAACCGGGUUUUUUUUACCAUACUUCACCACAUUGGUAAAGUCGGGUUAAUGACGGGGAGGGGGUGCAGAACCAAUUAAGAUAUCACUGAUUUUAACCAUGGCCAGAAAUCGAACUCAGGUCAUUGGGUGCAUGGUGCAGUGCGCGAACCACUGGGCCACCACUCCCCACACAAAUUACGUGGUCGUAACGUCAGCUGAACGGCGUGGGCGAUAGCUGCUGUAUUAGAGCGGCUAGGCCGCUGAGGGCACCGAUGCUGCGUGUGCCGUACCCUGUGCCAAAGCCCCUGUGAUUGUCAUGGCCUCCACCCAAUCACCAAUAGUUACAUUUUGAUGUAAACAUUUGAGGGGUUACCGUAACACGUGGAUUUUUUUCAGCCAGUGUGAUUCAUAGUUGAUUUUAAUGUUAGGCUACGUGAUGAUCUGACUCUUGACUUCCUGGACUAUUACUCUUUGUCCUCAUGAUGCUGGACGUCGUUUCAAUAGAAACCUCGUAUCUUAUCGCUAAAUUUAUUAAGAGCUGAAACGGUACUCGUUUGGUCACUAAACGCUUGUCCACAUCACGAUAUGUCUGGCUGUGUCGGGUGGUUGAUGGUCCCUCAUGGCACCACAACAUCUCCUGUAUUAGUAUUCAUCGUUUGAAGGAUUUUCCACGGGAAGGAUACCGAGCGACGUGUUUACUUCAUCGACAGUGGCGGUGAAGUAGUUUAGACUCGGGUGGUUUCCACAGCGUGACGGGCCACUGCUGUCAUGAGAGAUCCUGGAAUAGAAAUAUAAAUUUACAAAGGCGCUGUCAUCACUCUGGAUUUGCUAUAAUUCGCUAAAACAAUGAUAGUGUCAUUUAUUUAUUCAGGAAAUAUAUAAUUCAACAGUGGUGACCAAACAUCAUACUAAUUCAUGGUACUUGGUGUAAUUUCUGCCAAGGAAAGAUUAAAGUGACAUUGAGACAGAUUUGCACCGCACCAACCAGGACAACGCUUGGUGAAACAGGCGAUCGCUGUGGUAGAGAAGCAGCAGUGACGGCUGGAAGGGGAAGGUGCAGUGUCUUGCUUCAAUCGCAGCAGCAGUAGCAGCACGUGGAUCACAUCCACGGGGAGACCCAGCAGCGUCAGCAGGUCAGCUGAUGGGUGCGUGGUGCCGCGAGUGAACACCGGGCCAGUGGAAGCAGCUCAAUUGGAUUUAAAUUCACAGCUGUAAAAAAAAAGCCCACAGAAAUCUAUAUAAUAAAAAAUACAUAGUUUCAUAAUUUAUGACAAGUAUGUAAAUAAAAGUGCCCUGUAUAUGCAA